AUGGCUCCCCUAGCCAGCGAACCCCGCCAAGUCCGAGUGAUUCUCGACCUCCCCAAGCGCAAGGCACUCUACACACUUGUCGUCGAAACGACAGAUUGGAUGCAAUCCCAGCUCAUUCUCAAAAACCCCAAUCAGAACCCCAACCAGACCAGCACCUCCCGGCAACAAUCCAGAUCCUCAGGUCCAUCUCUCCUCAACAACUUGGAUAACGACGACACCGGACAAACUGGCCCUCCUCUACCCAGCCGACCAAACGCCGGUCCGCGCUCCAACUCCAAUUUCAGUGGCAGUGACAAAAUCGGCCCCCUCCGCGCCGCCGCCCUAUCCCACUUCGACACCUGGCGCUCCUCGCUGCUACAUUCCCUCAAAGACCUCCUCAGCCCCGCCGAUUCUACGCAAGAAAUCGACGCCCGGCGACAGCGCUCCGAUCGGCUGGCCAAACAAAGACUGGAGUCCCCGGCGCCUGGUGAGAACUUGAUUGAUUUCGGCGACUUACUCGGUCCGCGACAGAGGGAGGUGGCGGCCUUGCAAAGCAGGUACCAUGCGAUUCCGACGAGGUUGUCGGCUGUAAGUCAGGAGGAUAGGGAGGAAGUGGUGGUUUGCCUUUUGUUGAUGUUGCUGUCAAGUGGCAAGUAUACAGCAGAGUCAAGGACGUUCUUGGUUUAUCUGUGCUCCGCCUUGGAGUUGCCGCUUUCUUUCCUGAACUCCCAAGAAGCAGAGGUAGCUACCAGCCUGGUCGAAUCCUCGACAAGUCCGGAGGCACGGGAACAACAAAUGUCAGCAGCCAAAGAGGCAGAAGAACGGAAGAAAGCCAAUCAAGUGGGCCGAUUCUGGAAAGUUGGCCUGGCUUCCGUUGCAGGAGCAGCCAUCAUCGGUGUCACGGGCGGCCUUGCCGCACCGGCCGUGGCGGGGGUUAUUGGCGGGUUGAUGGGUAGUGUCGGCUUGGGAGGCGUGGCUAGUUUCCUGGGAGUGUUUUGGAUGAACGGUGCGCUGGUGGGAACGCUUUUCGGUGCUCUGGGCGCACAAAUGACAGGAGAGAUAGUGGAUCAGUAUGCGCGCGAAGUCGAGGACUUUGCGUUUCUGCCGUUGUCUGGAGGUACGAACCAGGAGAGGUUGAGGCUAACGAUUGGUAUCAACGGAUGGUUAACCGAGUCACUUUCUUCGUUGACUGCUCCCUGGUUGGCGCUGGACCCGAGCUCGUCGAACCUGUUUGCGCUGCGGUAUGAGGUUGCGGCGAUGCUGAAUCUGGGCAAUGCCAUGAAGGCAAUGGUCACGAGCGCGGCGUGGACAUAUGUCAAGGUCGAGCUGCUGAAGCGCACGGUGCUGGCGACGUUGUGGUCAGCUUUAUGGCCGAUUUCGCUGCUUUCGAUGGCAUCUGCGCUGGACAACCCUUUCUCUCUGGCGAAGAAUCGGUCGGAGAAAGCGGGCAAGAUUCUGGCGGAUGCGCUAAUUAACAGAGUGCAGGGUGAACGACCGGUGACGUUGAUCGGGUAUUCUCUGGGUGCAAGGGUUAUUUACUCAUGCUUGCGCACGCUAGCGGAGCGGAGGGCAUUCGGACUUGUUGAUGAGGUCAUCCUCAUUGGUGCACCGGUGCCGAGCGAUAGGGAUGCGUGGGAGACGAUGAGGAGCGUAGUCAGUGGUAAGCUGUGGAAUGUGUGCUCGAGUAAUGAUUAUCUCCUGGGCUUUAUUUACCGGACCAGUUCCAUUCAAUUGGGCGUGGCGGGACUGCAGGAGAUCAAGAGUAUUGAGGGCGUUGAGAAUCUCGAUUUGACGGGCACGGUCAAGGGACAUAUGCGUUAUCCGGACAUCUUGGGUAAAAUUCUAGAGAAGUGUGGUGUUGAGAUCAAGGAAGGAUUUGGAGGCGAGAUUGAAGCUGAGCAGGAUCUCACGAGAGAGGAAGAAAUCAUUCUGGCAGAUAUGGAGGCCCAAGGAAAGCUUCCCGCGCUUGUCACGAAAAAAGGCAACCAGGAGGGCGGAUUGGUUGACUUUGGGGAAGACGAGCAUCAGUCGCAUCAUGAUCCGCCGCCCAAGUACGCAGUGAUGGAUCCAUAUGCCUCUUCCUCGAGGCCAUCGAUGGAGCAGCAACAGGAACAAACGCCACCGCUACCACCGAGACCCCAACCCCAACGGACUACCAUGGCCAAACCUACCUCGUCACUCCAAGCCAGCAGCAACAACCCUCUAGGCUAUUCUAGUCCAUCAUCAUCAUCCAAACCCGUGGAUGACGAUCUCUCCAGGCAGUUCCUCUCUGGCCCACCCUCAACAUCCACAUCCUUUGCGCUCUCCGAUCUAGCAUCUCUGUCACUCUCUCCUCAACAA